GGCUCCCGCCCGCACUGAACGCUCAUCCCGCGAAGCCCCCUCCCACACUCGGGAGGGCGGCGGCGGCGGGAGGAGGAGAAGGAGGAGGGAGCGUCUCUGCCGCCGCCUCCUGGUCCCCAGCGCGGAUCAGCCGCCACCACCUCCCUUCGCGACGAUCCUCCCUCCAUGGUGCUGUCGCGGCCCCCCUUGUAGCCUGAGCUGCCCCGCGCCGCGCCGGAGCCGGUCUCGGGCAGAGGGAGCGGUCGCGGCCUCGCGGCCCGCGCGGGCUGACGAGCAGAGAGUGCGGCGCUUCGCGGUCCCCGAGGGUCCGCACGCCUAGGCAGCCCGGCCACCAGCCACCGCUCGAGGAGCAGCGGGCGGGCGGGCGGCGCCGGGCCCGGGCCGCCCUCGCUCCCACGCCCCGGCCCCGCCGCCCGCGCCGGGGCGGCAGCCGGCAGAGGAAAGGCGCUGCAGUCUCCGGGCCUCGCGGCCCCAGUUGUGCUUCCUCAGCACCGAGGGCUUGCGGGUCCUGAGUGGAGGACACGAGCCCGGAGCCGGGCACUGAGCUCUUGGGCGCCCCCAACCCAGUUUUCAGAACCCUCCACGCUGCGGCCGCUGUCCCCUCCGGACCAUGGCCGACGACGACGUGCUGUUCGAGGAUGUGUACGAGCUGUGCGAGGUGAUCGGCAAGGGUCCCUUCAGUGUUGUACGGCGAUGUAUCAACAGAGAAACUGGGCAACAAUUUGCUGUAAAAAUUGUUGAUGUAGCCAAGUUCACAUCAAGUCCAGGGUUAAGUACAGAAGAUCUAAAGCGGGAAGCCAGUAUCUGUCAUAUGCUGAAGCAUCCACACAUUGUAGAGCUGUUGGAGACAUAUAGCUCAGAUGGGAUGCUUUACAUGGUUUUUGAAUUUAUGGAUGGAGCAGAUCUGUGUUUUGAAAUCGUAAAGCGGGCUGAUGCUGGUUUUGUAUACAGUGAAGCUGUAGCCAGCCACUACAUGAGACAGAUACUGGAAGCUCUGCGCUACUGUCAUGAUAAUAACAUAAUUCACAGGGAUGUGAAGCCCCACUGUGUUCUCCUUGCCUCAAAAGAAAACUCGGCACCUGUUAAGCUUGGGGGCUUUGGGGUAGCCAUUCAGUUAGGAGAAUCUGGACUUGUUGCUGGAGGACGCGUUGGAACACCUCACUUUAUGGCCCCAGAAGUGGUCAAGAGAGAGCCUUAUGGAAAGCCUGUAGAUGUCUGGGGCUGUGGUGUGAUCCUUUUCAUCUUGCUCAGUGGCUGUUUGCCUUUCUACGGAACCAAGGAAAGAUUGUUUGAAGGCAUUAUUAAAGGAAAAUAUAAGAUGAAUCCAAGGCAGUGGAGCCAUAUCUCUGAAAGUGCCAAAGACCUAGUACGCCGCAUGCUGAUGCUGGACCCUGCUGAAAGGAUCACUGUUUAUGAAGCACUGAAUCACCCAUGGCUUAAGGAGCGGGAUCGUUAUGCCUACAAAAUUCAUCUUCCUGAAACAGUAGAACAACUGAGGAAAUUCAAUGCAAGGAGAAAACUAAAGGGUGCAGUACUAGCUGCUGUGUCAAGUCACAAAUUCAAUUCCUUCUACGGGGACCCUCCUGAAGAGUUGCCAGAUUUCUCCGAAGACCCUACCUCCUCAGGACUUCUAGCAGCAGAAAGAGCCGUCUCUCAGGUGCUGGACAGCCUGGAAGAGAUCCACGCACUUACAGACUGCAGUGAAAAGGACCUAGAUUUUCUACACAGUGUUUUCCAGGAUCAGCAUCUUCACACACUGCUGGAUCUGUAUGACAAAAUUAACACAAAAUCUUCGCCACAAAUCAGGAAUCCUCCAAGUGAUGCAGUACAGAGAGCCAAAGAGGUAAGUGGUAUAUUGUUCUUAAGGUGCUUAGCAUUGUCACAUUUGCUACCUUUAAUGAAGAUGUCUGUGCAUGGAAUCACUUUGAAAAUGAAUGAGCUAAAUCAUUGUAUUGUUGCAAGAAUCAUGCAUGGGGGUAUGAUUCACAGGCAAGGUACACUUCAUGUUGGUGAUGAAAUCCGAGAAAUCAAUGGCAUCAGUGUCGCUAACCAAACAGUGGAACAGCUACAAAAAAUGCUUAGGGAAAUGCGAGGGAGUAUAACCUUCAAGAUUGUGCCAAGCUACCGCACUCAGUCUUCGUCCUGUGAGAGAGAUUCCCCCUCCACUUCCAGGCAGUCCCCUGCUAAUGGUCAUAGCAGCACUAACAAUUCUGUUUCGGACUUGCCAUCAACCACCCAACCAAAAGGACGACAGAUCUAUGUAAGAGCACAAUUUGAAUAUGAUCCAGCCAAGGAUGACCUCAUCCCCUGCAAAGAAGCUGGCAUCCGGUUCCGAGUUGGUGACAUCAUCCAGAUUAUUAGUAAGGAUGACCACAACUGGUGGCAGGGUAAACUGGAAAACUCCAAAAAUGGAACUGCAGGUCUCAUUCCUUCUCCUGAACUUCAGGAAUGGCGAGUAGCUUGCAUUGCCAUGGAGAAGACCAAACAAGAGCAGCAGGCCAGCUGUACUUGGUUUGGCAAGAAAAAGAAGCAGUACAAAGAUAAAUAUUUGGCAAAGCACAAUGCAGUGUUUGAUCAAUUAGAUCUUGUCACAUAUGAAGAAGUAGUCAAACUGCCAGCAUUCAAAAGGAAAACAUUAGUCUUAUUAGGUGCACAUGGUGUUGGAAGAAGACACAUAAAAAAUACCCUCAUCACAAAGCACCCGGACCGCUUUGCAUACCCCAUUCCACAUACAACCAGACCUCCAAAGAAAGAUGAAGAAAAUGGCAAGAACUAUUACUUUGUAUCUCAUGACCAAAUGAUGCAAGACAUCUCAAAUAAUGAAUACUUGGAGUAUGGAAGCCAUGAGGAUGCAAUGUAUGGGACAAAACUGGAAACCAUUCGGAAAAUCCACGAGCAGGGGCUGAUUGCAAUUCUGGACGUGGAGCCUCAGGGAUUGGAAAAAUCUUCUGGCCAGGGGUGGCUAGAGGCAAAGUCUCAAUCCUGGUCCUGGUCUUCGACAUCCUCUCCUUGGGUUCCACACUGGUCUUCACCUGAACGUCGUUUUCUGCUGGCACUGAAGGUCCUGAGGACUGCAGAGUUUGCUCCUUUUGUUGUCUUCAUUGCGGCGCCAACUAUCACUCCAGGUUUAAACGAGGAUGAAUCUCUUCAGCGCCUGCAGAAGGAGUCCGAUGUCUUGCAGAGAACCUAUGCGCACUACUUCGAUCUCACAAUUAUCAACAACGAAAUUGAUGAGACAAUCAGACAUCUGGAGGAAGCCGUCGAGCUUGUGUGCACAGCCCCACAGUGGGUCCCAGUCUCCUGGGUUUAUUAGGCUUCUCCUUGGCUAUCUGAGUAUAAAACUGGGAGCCACCUCCUACAUGGAAAAAGCCUCUUUGUUAUCGGCCUUGUGUCAGCAGGUCGUGGUCCCUAGAGACUACCUAGUUGUAGUGUGACCUACAUUUAUAAUUAUUGUCAUGUCCGAAUAGAUAGGAGGAGAAAAUCAAUUACACACUAAUUUAAAGAGACAGUAUCUUUUUUAAUCAGUUCUCCUAAACUUUAAUAAAAUGUAUCUUUAAAUGUAUGUAUUAUUCAAUCCUUUGGAAUGUUAUAUUUUUGGAAAUCAUAGCUUUUUAUUUCCAAGGCCCCUAAAAACUGCACAAAAUAGAUGCUGCUUUCUAUAAUCUAUUUUAAUAAUAAUAAACAAUGAUUCUGUUACCUUGACUGGGGGUGGAACACUACAUUCUUUUUAGAGUCUGAUUUUAUGGAUUGGAAUACCUUUCUUUCCUUUAUUUAUUUGAAAUGAUUAGUCUAGUGACUACAAAACAGUCAUAAAUUUUUAAAGGCCUUUUUUCUCUCUCUUUUUUUUAAGUCCUUUAUGUAACAUCCAGAUACUGUGAUACUGUCUCUUUGAAGCACCCUGUAAACCUUUUAGAGAUUUGAAGUUGGGUCUUGACUCUUAAUGCAUGUGGACAGUCGCGAGCGUUUAUGCUGUCGGUGUGUCUGUGUUGGACAAAACAAUCUGUAAUUACAGCAAAGUACAUUCCGUUCACGGGGCACACCCAGGGGAGUAAGAAUAAAUUGCUAUUAUGACUAAGUUGUAAACCUAUGCACAUCCCUUGCAUUUCGGGCAACUUUAUAAAACAGAAAAAAAAAAGAAACUGAUUUUUAUUAAUAAUAAUCAUGUAGUGAAAUGUGUUUGUAAUUUUGUCUCAAUUUAAUUUGUUGUAAGGUGGGAGGGGGUAUUGCUGGUUUCGCCAUUUCAGAUCUGUGUUGUCUAAGAGUAUUAACGUUUUAAUUAAGUAAAGAAAUGCGGAUUUUUAAUCUGUAUGUAAUUGUUUUAAGCACCCAUUUAAAGAGAAUAUACUGUGCAAUGAAGAAACCAGUUUAGGCAUUUGCUACAAACUGAAUUAUUCCAAAAGAAUAAUCUAUAACAGCCCUGUAAAUUCCUUUAAAAUGAUAACUAACAGGACAGUCUGACCAUUUUUUUUUUAAAUAUACUUCAUUGUAUGUGUUCAAUAAUUAAAUGCCUUUGGGUCCUUCAUUUCAUUAUAGAUUUGUUCAGGUCUCCAAGCUGGUAAUCUUUUCAGUUCUAAAAUUUGUUAGAUGCUCACUGACCCAUCAAAGGCCCAGGAAUGAGUAUCAGUUGGCAGGGCAACAAAGCAGCCUGCCAGGGCACAGCUUGGACCACAUCUGACUCUCAAGGCCACCUGUGGUCUCUCCUUCCUCUUGCUCUAUCCCUUGGCACAGGGGAGUCACCUGUCCUUGUUGCGUUAGAAACAUUCACUGUCUCAUCCCCCGCCUUGCUGUCGAAUCACUAGAGGAGGUUCAGGCUAGGGUUCUCAGACUCUUUGCCAGAGGUCACAAGGCACUGACAUGACUCUGGUCCUUGGAAACACACCAUCCUUUUCAUUUCUUGCGUGUUAGCUGACCUCCAUCACUUUGUGCGUUGGCAGAAUGAGUUCUGGGCUAAACAGCUUCUCUUAGGCACUGAACAGAGAAGGCAUUUUUAUGUUCAUACUCCUCGCCUGUUUUCAGCAUCCCACCCUUCCCAACUAUUAGUACACGAUACCAUUUGGUUUCCGUUUGUAGACUAUUCUUUGUCAGUGCCCAGAUGGUCACAACUUACCAACAAGAUACUGUGAGAAUAACUUGUGUUCAGUCCCACAAGUGAGGGUGACCUAACAGCAUACCAGGGACAGGCUCAACAGUGAGCUCUUGCUAG